AUGUCAUCUUUGCAAAGGGAUUUGUUUAAAGGAAAGGGUGUUUUAGGUGACGCUGUUGGAAAUAAUGGUGGUAGUUCCGAAGUUUUAGAACUAAUAGACGACGAAGAAGAAGAGGAAAAGGAUACCUUUGAGAGUUUUCCCACAAACUUUCUGAGACCACAACGCAAAAAAAAAAUUUAUACACCGGUUCCUUGGGAGACAUGUUUUGACAGUUGCAAAGAUAUUAAAAUACCUGAUUCUGAUGAUAUAUCCUUCAUUCGAGGAACAUCGGAAAAUUGUCCACUUUUCGUUUUUCAUCAUGGGGCUGGAUAUUCCGCUUUAUCAUUUGCUUUAACGUGUUCAUACAUCAAGCAAUUGAAUAAUGGUAAUUGUACUAUGUUUGCAUACGACUGUAGAGGGCAUGGGGAUACCAAAACGUCAGAAGAUAAGAAUUUAUCAUUGGAUAGAUUGAGUAAGGAUUUAGUAAAUGUGUUGAAAACUGCAUAUGGAGAAGACGUUAUAACGAGUCGAAAUAUAUUCUUGGUGGGACAUAGUAUGGGAGGAUGUGUUGUUGCAAAUGCGGCAUCAGAAAAUUUAAUUCCAUCUAUGACUUGUAUAGCAGUAAUAGAUGUCGUUGAGGGGUCAGCUUUGGAAGCAAUUUCAGGAAUGUUGGAUUUUUUAAGAACUAGGCCAACAGAAUUUAGAUCAAUUGAACAUGCUAUUGAGUGGAGCGUAAAAAGUUCUACCAUACAUAAUGCAGAAUCAUCUAAAAUAUCUAUACCAAGUUUAAUAAGAGAACAAGAAUCAAAACAAACUGAUACCGUCAAAUACGUUUGGAAAACUGAUUUAGCUGCGUCUCAACCAUAUUGGAAAGGAUGGUUUCUUGGUCUUUCAGACAAAUUCUUAUCAGCAAAGGCAGCGAAAUUACUUAUCCUUGCGGGUACUGAUAGACUAGAUAAAAAAUUAACCAUUGCUCAAAUGCAAGGUAAGUAUCAGCUUCUUGUAUGGCCCGAUGUGGGCCACAUGGUACAAGAAGAUGCUCCUGAUAGAACAGCUAAUGCUUUAAUGGAAUUUUGGAAAAGAAAUGAAAGAUUAGUUUUACCUGUAAAGAAAGUUGCAUCUUAA